CGAACUCGGAAACAAAUGGGCAAGUCAGGAAUUUGCGCCAAGAUUUUUCACUGAUCCGUAAUUGCUCCCCCUUCGCGCCUUCUGUCGCUGCCAUGGUAGCUCAGGUGGAAAGUCAAGCCGCCGCAGGCGGAGGCGGCCCUGCAUCUAUUUCAAUUGCUUCCCCAGCCGCCGCCGCCUGUCAGGACCAUAUAGAGAACACUAAGACUUUGAUUUGCGCCCUCAAUUUAAUAUCUCGCAAUCUCCCCCUUCCUCAAGACGUUUUAGAUGCAGUCUCCUCCAUCUUUCUCGCCGGGGAGGAUGAGCCCGGUGAAGAUUGCGCUGUCCAGGGUGAUAGCGGCAUUGAGAAAGCGCCCAGCCCAAUUGGUUCUGGCAUGGCAACUUAUGGAGAACUGAUGGCAGAUUUUGAGGAUUCACUAUUGAAAGAAAAAUCUAGCUGUACAUCAGGUUCUGCAUUGCAAAGAUCAAAGGAAUUUCGUUAUGAAAGCCACAUACGUAGUCGUUUGAGUGAACUAGAAGAUUUGCCAACAAGUAGAGGUGAGGACCUUCAGUCAAAGUGCUUGCUUGAACUCUAUGGAUUGAAGCUAGCAGAGUUGCAGCGCAAAGUUCGUUCUGAAGUGAGUUUAGAGUACUGGCUUCGUGUGCAUUGCUCAAAUCCCGAUGAGCAGCUAUUUGACUGGGGCAGGAUGCGAUUGGACCGUCCUAUAUAUGGAAUUGGAGAUGCUUUUGCUGUCGAAUCUGAUGAUCCUUUGAAGAAGAAACGUGAUGCUGAGAGGUUAUCGAGAAUAGAAGAAGAGGCAAGGAAUCGUGUGGAGACUAAGAAAAGGAAGUUCUUUUCGGACAUACUUAAUGCACAACGUGAACUCCAACAGCUUGUGCUUGCUGUUCAAAAGCGGAGAAAACAGAGAAAUGAUGGUAUCCAGGCAUGGCAUGCAAGACAAAGGCAACGAGCUACGCGAGCUGAAAAAUUGAGGUUCCAGGCACUUAAAGCUGAUGAUCAAGAAGCAUACAUGAAAAUGGUUGAUGAGAGCAAGAAUGAACGGUUGAGAUUGCUUCUACAAAACACAAAUGAUCUACUAGGCCGAUUGGGAGCAGCUGUUCAACGGCAAAAGGAUGCUGACCAUGAUGGUAUUGAACCGUUAGAAGGUUCGGGCUCUGAUUUAGCAGAGUUGACAGCUUCAAAAACUGGAACUCCUGGGCAGUCAGCCCCUGUGGAGAAUGAAGAUGUCGUUGAUAAUGAGUCUGCUUGUGAUACAAAGACAAAUGAUUUACUUGAAGGACAACGAAAAUAUAAUUCGGCUGUGCAUUCAAUCCAGGAGAAGGUGACCGAGCAACCAGCCAUGCUUCAGGGUGGAGAAUUAAGACCUUACCAGUUAGAAGGGCUUCAAUGGAUGUUGUCUCUGUUCAAUAACAAUCUAAAUGGAAUUUUAGCUGAUGAAAUGGGGCUGGGGAAGACAAUUCAAACUAUUUCUCUUAUUGCUCAUCUCAUGGAAAACAAGGGUGUGACUGGUCCGCACUUGAUUGUGGCCCCAAAAGCUGUACUGCCAAAUUGGAUCAAUGAAUUUCAAACAUGGGCACCAAGUAUUGUUGCUGUUCUUUAUGAUGGACGACUAGAUGAAAGGAAGGCAUUGAGAGAAGAGUACUCUGGAGAGGGGAAAUUUAAUGCUAUAAUAACCCAUUAUGAUCUUAUCAUGAGAGAUAAAUCAUUUUUGAAGAAAAUUCACUGGCACUACAUGAUUAUUGAUGAAGGGCAUAGGUUGAAAAAUCAUGAGUGUGCUCUUGCACGUACUGUUGCGGGCUAUCGAAUCCGGCGGAGACUUCUAUUGACUGGUACCCCAAUUCAAAAUAGCUUACAAGAACUAUGGUCACUUCUUAAUUUUCUCCUACCAAACAUAUUUAAUUCUGUGGAGAACUUCGAGGAUUGGUUUAAUGCACCCUUCUCGGAUAAAUGUGAUAUCACUCUAACAGAUGAAGAAGAGCUUUUGAUUAUUCGCCGCUUGCACCAUGUUAUUAGGCCAUUCAUAUUGCGAAGGAAGAAAGAUGAAGUGGAGAAGUUUCUUCCUGGGAAAACACAGGUUAUCCUGAAAUGCGACAUGUCAGCAUGGCAGAAAUUAUACUAUCGCCAAGUGACAGAUGAAGGGAGGGUCGGACUGGGUACUGGAACUGGAAAAUCCAAAAGCUUGCAGAACUUGUCCAUGCAACUCAGGAAAUGUUGCAAUCACCCAUACCUUUUUGUGAAUCAGUAUAAUAUGUGGCAAAAGGAGGAGAUUGUAAGAGCAUCUGGGAAAAUUGAGCUUCUUGACCGGUUACUUCCCAAACUCCGUAAAGCUGGACAUAGGGUCCUCCUUUUCUCACAGAUGACCCGUCUCAUGGACAUUCUUGAAAUCUAUUUGCAGCUGAACGAAUUCAAGUAUCUUAGACUUGAUGGUGGAACAAAGACAGAGGAAAGAGGUUCUUUGGUGAAACAAUUCAAUGCCCCAGAUUCCCCGUACUUCAUGUUUCUCCUCAGUACUCGUGCUGGUGGACUCGGCCUGAAUUUACAGACAGCAGAUACUGUGAUAAUCUUUGACAGUGAUUGGAAUCCUCAAAUGGACCAACAGGCAGAAGACCGAGCACAUCGAAUUGGGCAAAAGAAUGAAGUCAUGGUUUUUGUUUUAGUUAGCGUGGGAUCAAUCGAAGAGGUCAUCUUGGAGCGUGCAAAACAGAAGAUGGGUAUUGAUGCUAAAGUCAUCCAGGCAGGACUGUUCAAUACAACUUCCACUGCUCAAGACAGGAGAGAGAUGUUAGAAGAGAUCAUGCGUAGAGGUACAAGCACCCUGGGGACUGAUGUGCCAACGGAGAGAGAGAUCAACAAUCUUGCGGCGCGGUCAAAGGAGGAAUUUUGGCUGUUUGAGAAGAUGGACGAAGAGAGAAGGCAAAAGGAGCGCUACCGAUCCCGUCUCAUGGAAGAUCACGAGGUUCCAGACUGGGCAUACGUUCGGGCCGAAUCCAACCAAGGAAAGGGAAAAGGGUUUCUAUACGACAGCGCAAACCUAAACGGGAAGAGGAAGAGAAAAGAGGUUGUGUAUGUCGACACGCUGAGUGAUCUCCAAUGGAUGAAGGCUGUGGAGGAUGGAGAGGAAUUUCUGAAGCAGUCAGGAAAGAAGAGGCGUGCCGCUGCUGCAGAGGAUCCGUUGCCCAGCAAAACGCCGCAUGAUCAAGAUCAGCAGGGGGUUGAUUCUUCUUCGUUACCUCCCCCUCCUCCUCCAAGUAAAUGGAGCGACCAUCUCAGUAUUAGUUUUUCAAGAGGAGAGGAGAAAAUGAAGAAGGGACACGAUGAAGCUGCUUUGCAGGUAAAUGAGGAGGCACCAACAACACCAACAACAACCAGCGAAGGCGAAGAAGACGCCAUUGGAACAACCCCACUAAAAGGGUAUCAUAAUAUUAAUAAUAAACCAGGAGCUGCUGCUGCUUCUGCUGCUGCCCCACCAUCACAGAGGAAUGAGUACACCGGCUUCACUGGUAAUUUGGAAGGACCGACAUGGAAGUCGCUCAAGAGGAGGCGAUCUAGCUUGCAAUAAUGAAAACCAUUUCUCCCCCCUCUUUCAACUUUGGCGUCCAAAGGUUGGUGGCUAUACUGAAGCAAAUUAGCAGUAGGCCAAAAUGAUAAGGCAGAUCUUGUUGAUUGUUGUUAUCACAAUCAAGUAACACAGCCUCUGGUAUUUGUAUCCUAGUUUAGUUUCUGUACGUAUGUUUGUGUGUACCAUUUUGCUCACAAAUAAACACUCCCUCAUCGCCCCUCUCCCUUUACUAACUAUUCAUUUUUUUUUUCUAUUUCCAAAGUCUGUGUAAACUAUAGAAAACAUUUAGG